AUGCGCGGGGUGCUCCGCCGCGCCAUCCCCUACGACGCGUGCGAGCCGCUCACGAACCCCGUGGGGACGGAAUCCGCGGAGGGGGAAUCCGCGGAAGGUGCGGGAUCCGCGGAAUUCGCGGGGGAGGCGGAGUUUGUGCUUAUAGAGAGGGGCAACUGCCUGUUCGACGUGAAGGUGCUGAACGCGCAGCGCGCGGGGUACGCGGCCGCGGUGGUGUACAAUAACGAGCCCAGGAAGAGGAUUAUAACGAUGUCAGGGCGGCAUAUGUGGGGCAUCGCCAUUCCAGCACCCUCCCCCCCUAUCUGCGUUCUCCUCCCCACCUUCGACAAUGCGGCCUGGUCUGUAAUCACCGCAUCCCUAGUCUCCCUCCUCUCCCUCUCUAUAGUCCUCGCCUCGUUUCUCUUUAUAAGGCGGCACCGGCUGCGGCAGGCUGUGGCAGCCGCCGCUACAGCCAUGGGCGCUGACGGCGCCGGUCGGCUGCUAGCGGCGCGUCAGGAGCCGCCCGGAUUGUCAGAGGAGGAGGUCAAGGCGCUGCCAGAAUUGGUUUUCCCGCCAAAAGGGAAGCAUGCGAGUAAUGUUGACGAUGCUGCUGCUGCUGCAAUGGGAGCAGAGGGAGGAGGAGGAAAGGGAGGAGAGGGAGGAGAGGGAAGAGAGGGAGGAGAGGGAGGAGAGGGAGGAGAGGGGACAGAGGGGGCAGUGGAAGCAGAGGGAGGAGGGGGUGAGGGCAGGGAGAUGAAGACGUGUGCGAUUUGCCUGGAGGACUAUGAGUGGGGGGAUAGGCUUCGCCUGCUGCCCUGCUCGCACGAGUUCCACGUUGACUGCGUUGACCAGUGGUUGACCACCCGCCGCCCCUUCUGCCCCGUCUGCAAGCGAGACGCACACCCUCCCACGCACCUCCUUCCCUCCUCCCCUCCUCCUCUCACCUCCCCUUCCUCCUCCUCCACUACCGCUACCACUGCUCUAACCUCCUCUUCCCCUGUCGCUGCUUCCACUGCCCACUUCGUCUCCUUCCUGCUCUACCCCCUCAUCCGCUCCUUCUCACCCCUCCCAUCCCUGCCCACCGCAUCCAACUCCUCUACUUCAACCGCCUCCUCCUCCUCUCUCUCCCCUCCUGAUCCUUCCCGGGAACCCUUUUUGCUGCAUCACCCUUCGAGGGAUUCAGACGAUGAAGAGACGGGGGAAAUUAUACCUGUUCCCAUACCAGGAUUUACCCCGCCGUCACCUAUGCCCGCUCAUUAG